UUCACCUCGCCUUUCUGCUGUCUGUGGUUCUCCCGAAGUCCUCCAAGAAUUGUGGGGGAAAGAAAGAAGGAAAAGAGUUGGGUUUGUUUUUUUUUUUUUGAAAGUCCUCGAUCUAAGCCAAGCAGCUUAACUUUUUAAGCCAUCUUUUGCCUAGCAGGCACCCAGAUUCCUUUGGGGCACGUUGACAUUUUGUCUUGUGAAGCCCCCUCCAUCGGCUUCAUUCCUGUAAACGUUACUAGGUUUGGCUUCUUCCCUCGGUUCUGACUCGAGUCGGCUCAGCCUAAACAUGGUGAUGUUCAAGAAGAUCAAGUCCUUCGAGGUGGUCUUCAACGACCCCGAAAAGGUGUACGGCAGCGGAGAGAAGGUGGCCGGCCGGGUGGUGGUGGAGGUGUGCGAGGUGACGCGGGUGAAGGCCGUGCGCAUCCUGGCAUGCGGGGUGGCCAAGGUCCUGUGGAUGCAGGGGUCCCAGCAGUGCAAGCAGUCCCUGGAUUACCUGCGCUUCGAGGACACGCUGCUCCCAGAGGACCAGCCCACAGGUGAGAAUGAGAUGGUGAUCAUGAGACCUGGAAACAGAUAUGAGUACAAGUUUGGCUUUGAGCUUCCUGAAGGGCCUCUGGGAACAUCUUUCAAAGGAAAAUAUGGUUGUGUAGACUACUGGGUGAAAGCUUUCCUGGAUCGCCCCAGCCAGCCCACUCAAGAGACAAAGAAAAACUUCGAAGUGAUGGAUCUGGUGGAUGUCAAUACUCCUGAUUUAAUGGCACCUGUUUCUGCUAAGAAGGAGAAGAAAGUUUCCUGCAUGUUCAUUCCCGAUGGGCGGGUGUCCGUUUCUGCACGAAUCGACAGAAAAGGAUUCUGUGAAGGUGAUGACAUUUCCAUCCAUGCUGACUUUGAGAAUACAUGUUCUCGAAUCGUGGUCCCCAAAGCAGCCAUUGUGGCCCGCCACACUUACCUGGCCAAUGGCCAAACCAAGGUAUUGACUCAGAAGUUGUCAUCAGUCAGAGGCAACCAUAUUAUCUCAGGGACUUGUGCGUCCUGGCGCGGCAAGAGCCUUCGGGUGCAGAAAAUCAGGCCAUCUAUCCUAGGCUGCAACAUCCUGCGAGUUGAAUACUCCUUGCUGAUCUAUGUUAGUGUCCCUGGCUCCAAGAAAGUAAUCCUCGACCUGCCAUUGGUAAUUGGCAGCAGGUCAGGCCUAAGCAGCCGGACAACCAGCAUGGCCAGCAGAACCAGCUCAGAAAUGAGUUGGAUAGACCUGAACAUCCCUGACACCCCAGAAGCUCCUCCUUGCUAUAUGGACAUCAUUCCUGAAGAUCAUCGGUUGGAGAGCCCCACCACGCCUCUGCUCGAUGACGGGGAGGGCUCUCAGGAUAGCCCCAUCUUUAUGUAUGCUCCUGAGUUCCAGUUCAUGCCACCACCCACAUACACUGAGGUGGAUCCUUGCAUCCUCAACAACAAUGUGCAGUGAGCAGACAGAAGAAAAGAAGCAGCUGUCCCUACUUGUUUCUUUCUGCCUCUCUUCCUGGACUCUCAGCAUGUAUAGAGACUCACCAGUCUCUCUAUUGGGGUGUGAGGUAUGCCCCAGCCUUUGCCUCUCCAGUGUAGGCAGUGAUCAGCAGGCCACACUUGGGCCUCAACCCUAGCACCAUUGUUGUGAUAUAGGAGUGUUUGCUGGAUGGGUUUAAGACACACUAGGCCUGUGUCGUUUCCUCAGAUCUCCUUGGAUAUUGAGGCACUUU